CUGCCCAAUGCUAAUGAUAAUGCUAAAGCUAAUGCACAUCUUCCCGUCAGACAGUCGUCAUCUGUGUCUGGUCAACAUGGCUCCUUUUCCGGACGAAGUGGACGUUUUCACGGGCCCGCACUGGCGAAUGAAGCAGCUGGUGGGUUUGUAUUCUGAGAAGCUGUCGGAGACCAACUUCUCCAACAUCAGCGACUUCCGCUCCUUCCUCCAGUCGCUGCUGGCCACCUUCAAGGAGUUCAAGAUGCACGAGCAGAUCGAGAACGAGUACAUCAUCGGCCUGCUGGAGCAGCGCUGCUGCACCGUCUACAACAUGCACUCCGACAACAAACUCUCCGACAUGCUGCUGCUGCUGGAGAAGGGCCUGCACAACGUCAAGAGUGAAUACGAGCAGCUCAACUACGCCCAGCAGCUGAAGGAGAGACUGGAGGCUUUCACUCAGGACUUCCUGCCCCACAUGAAGGAGGAGGAAGAGGUGUUUCAGCCCAUGCUCAUGCAGCACUUCACCUACGAGGAGCUGAAGGCCAUCAAGAAGCAGGUGAUGGCGCAGCACUGCAGUCAGCAGCCGUGGGACUGCGCCGCCGACGUCCUGAAAGGAUUCAGCCUGUGGAGUCGUGCCGAGGAGCUGCAGAAGGCCUUCAAAUAUGCAGACCACGAGAAAACAGACUACGAAGCGGAGCGCGAUGGAACUUGUUCCGUGCACAUCGGCCAACUUCCAGCGGAAGUUGUCAUGAGGAUCUUCCGCUACUUGGGCCCUCCAGAUCUUUGCCGCUGCAGCCAGGUUUGCGACUCCUGGUCUGAGCUGGCUAAGACCGGUUCUCUGUGGAGGCACCUCUACCCUGUACGCUGGGCCAGAGGUGACUACUACAACGGGCCACCUGGAGAUUUGGACCAGGAGCCGGAUGACGGCUGGCUGAAGAGUCGCGAGAACGAAGUGCGAGCGUACCAGGAGUGGGACGAGGAUGCCGACAUUGAUGAAUCUGACGAGUGCGGCAAUACGGGCGACUCGCUGGCCAUCAGCACGGCCCGGCGCGAGAAGAGGCUCCUGAACGGAAUCAUCCAGAACCUUCUCCCCGUCGUGGGCCCGGCCGUCAAGUCGCUGGUGCUGGCCUACGGCUCCACUGUGUCCAGUAAAAUGGUGCGUCAGAUCCUCAGUCUCUGUCCCAACGUGGCACAUCUGGACCUGACACAGACGGAUGUCACUGAUUAUGCUUUUGACAGCUGGUUCUUCAUGGGCGCUUGCUCUUCUCUGGACCAUCUGGACUUGUCCGGUUGCGACAAGCUCACGGACCACGCCCUGAAAAGACUCUCUCUGGGGUUGGGGGACCUCAGCCCCUCGUGGAAGUCCCGCCGCCGCGGGCGCCGGGCCGUCAUCUUGCAACGAGGGGAGGCCGGCCGGCGGGGAUCCGCGCCGUUGCCGGCCGACAUCGAGGACUCCGCCGAGUGGACGCGGCGAGGGUGCGAGGAAGUGGAGGAGGAGCGUUUCGUAGAGACUCAGCUGGUGGGGAGCCUGUGCUGCUGCAGGCGGGGCCGUGGGACCGCCCCCGACGCCUCAAUUUUGCACUACGCCAUGUCCACGGACAGGUUUUGCGCUAAGGCCGCCUGUUGCGCGGGCGACAACGGCGACGGGCGCCUCAGGACUAACGGUCGCCGCUCGCCGACGGACACUAAACGCCCCGACAACAGGACUAACCGAUCGGGCGCAAGACGCGCGCUUAACUUCCUCAGCCUGUCUGGAUGCUACCAGGUCACGGACGUGGGACUCAGGGCCAUGUCGGAGCUGGGAGGCCUUCCGGCCCUGGAGCAUCUGAACCUGUCGGGCUGCCUCUCGGUCACGGAGGCGGGCCUUCACCUGCUGGUGUCGGCGUGCCCCGCCCUCAACGACGAACACUUCUACUACUGCGACAACAUCAACGGUCCAAACGCAGACACGGCGAGCGGAUGCCAGAACCUGCAGUGCGGAUUCAGGGCGUGCUGUCGCUCCGGAGAGUGAACCCACCCCGUUCCCCAAACCCGACCCACCCACCCACCCCUCUCUAUAAUUGCACUUUAUCUGAGUGAAACUAUAACAUUUCUUCUGUGUACACUCCAAGGAGCGACGUUUCAAGAGCCACUCUUCCAAAACACCCCAAUCCAACACUCUCCAGUGUGAAAUCACAAACCAAUGACAAAAGAGUUUAGAAGCAAACAUCAAUAAGGAACAGCGGAGAAUCAAGUUGUCAUUUUAGGAGAGGAAAAAUUGUACAUCACGGAAACAGGAAUUGUACGAGGAAAACAAAGUUGAAAUGUUAUGGAAAUGCUUGCAAUUUUGAGUUGUAUUGUCAUGGGAAAAGACGUACGAUUAAAAUCACUAUUUUCAGGAAA